AUGCACAGCAGCUGCUUCAUGCCAGACAUUUGCACAGAUUCAGAGGUCAGCUCUGAAACACAGAUGUGUGAGAAAGAGAGGGCUGAUGCCAAGAUGGUCUGUGAUGUUGUAAGUCGGAUGGAGGACACAGAGCCCUUCUCUCCAGAGCUGCUGUCAGCUAUGAUGAGACUCUGGGCAGACUCUGGGAUCCAAGAAUGCUUCAACCGGUCCCGGGAAUAUCAACUUAAUGACUCGGCCCAGUACUACCUAGACAGCUUAGAUCGAAUCGGAGCUGCAGACUACCAGCCCACAGAGCAGGACAUCCUCCGAACCAGGGUCAAAACAACUGGCAUUGUAGAAACCCACUUCACAUUCAAAAACCUCCACUUCAGGCUCUUUGAUGUCGGGGGCCAGCGGUCAGAACGCAAGAAGUGGAUUCACUGCUUUGAGGAUGUCACAGCGAUCAUUUUCUGCGUCGCGCUGAGUGGCUACGACCAGGUGCUCCAUGAAGACGAAACCACGAACCGCAUGCACGAGUCACUGAAGCUUUUUGACAGCAUCUGCAACAACAAAUGGUUCACAGAUACAUCUAUCAUCCUCUUUCUAAACAAGAAGGACAUAUUUGAGGAGAAAAUUAAGAAAUCUCCACUGACUAUCUGCUUUCCUGAUUAUACAGGCCCCAACUCUUUCACAGAGGCGGUGGCUUACAUCCAGGCUCAGUACGAGAGCAAGAACAAGUCCCCCAACAAGGAGAUCUACACGCACAUCACCUGCGCCACUGACACCAGCAACAUCCAGUUCGUCUUCGACGCCGUCACGGAUGUCAUCAUCGCCAAUAACCUGCGGGGAUGCGGACUCUACUAA